CGCUGUCGGCUGAACGGUGUCGGUGAACUCUCCUUUAACGCGUUGAAUUGAAGCCGGCUCCCUUUAAUGGUCGGUGAGCCGCCGCCGCUCCGGACCCAUGGUUCCUGUCGGAGGUGAAGUGAGAAGUGAACCUGUCCAGCAGAAACCAGAACCCACCAUGUCUCCAUCAGUGUGUUGACGCUGACUUCUUCCCCGACGCUGAGCAGAGGGAGGCAGCUGGAGGGGGGCCAGCGAGCAUGCGGCACCGGCCUGGCGUGUCCAGGAGGCGGCGCUGCUGAGAGGCUAACGGGCGCUGCUGAGUGUGUGUCUGUUGAGGCGACCAUGGACGACUUCAACAGCCGGACGUACGGGACGAGCGGCCACGACAACAGACCUCUGUUCGGGGAGACGUCCGCUCGGGAUCGAAUAAUCAACCUGGCACUGGGGGGGUUCACCUCUAGUGUUGUUCUAGUGACGGUGAUCUGUUCAUUCGUGUUCCCCUCAUUGCCUCCGCGACCGUUAAAUGUCUUCUUCGCCGUGUGCAUCCUGUUAACCUGUGGACCCACCAUAGUACUGAUAUUCUGGUACCGACAGGGAGACCUGGAGCCUAAAUUCAGGAACCUGAUCUAUUACAUGCUGGCGUCCAUCGUGCUGCUUUGUCUAUGUGCCAACCUCUACUUCCACGACGUCAGGUAAACACCAAGAAGACGACGAGGAGGAGGAGGGAGAAGGGAGGACAUGGCUCCGACAGACGGACGCACACGUGGAAGGACGAACCAUGAAAGAAACAUGCGACCAAAACAAACCUGUCACUCGCUAACUUGAGUGAAUUUUCCGCCAAGACUCUUAACGAGAGACUGGACGGUUCCAGACGGAUUCAAACUGUCUCGUUGGUGCCGGAUCAGCCACAGACACACAAGCUCAGUGUGGAAAUCAUGAAGAACAUGUCAGAGGCUAUAAAUCUGCCUGGAGGACAAAGCUUCCGAUGAAAAGGUGUGUUUACAUUCUCAGAGACAUCAUCCUUCACAUCUUCAGGUCUGAUACGAUGGAGAAAUAAUUAUGCAACCGUUAAAGGAAAAAUCCAUCAAGUGUAAUGAUUUCUAUAUGUUUUCUUAUAAAUUCAGUGUCUUUUACAACUAUAUUUGAAUAAUUAAAAAACUAUCCAGGGGCAUCAAAUGAAGACGCACGUUGUUUUUAAAGUGGCGCCUCGUUUAAAGUUAUGAUGAGAAGCUCAACAAAGCAUCUGAGCCCCCCAUUCAGACGGGACAACCAUCAGAUACUUAUAUAUUCAUUGUGCACUUUGCUGAUGAUCCAUCUGAACAGCAUUUGAACCUUCGGAAAUCUACACUUGUUGGUUUUAACUGUUCAGAUUUCAUCAGGGUGGAUUUUUCCUUUAAAGCAGGAUGAUGGUCACUGAGUGUGUAAACACAGAAGGGGGGGGGGGGUGUUAAUGGAUCUGAUUCUUCCUGUUCUACAAACUCAAAACACAAACAUCAGUUUGUUAGUUUUUCUUUUUUCUGUCUGUAUCUGCUUCUCUGCUUUUUCCCCUUUAUCUGAUUUUCAUGGUUGGAUUUAAUCAAUUUUCCAAAUCACGUCUCACUAAGAGGAUUUUUGUUUUUUAAAUUAGAUUUAAAUGCCGAAUUACUGCGACUGCCAAUUCUUGCACUAAGUACGGCUGAAUUACACUUUUGUCUAAGCCAUACACACUCACACGCACGCACACACACCCUCAGGCCAGCUGUAGCACCAAUGAAGAUGAAUAAAGGCUUUCUAUGCAGCACAGAAGCUGCACACAGAUCUGUAAACGAUUCUAUAUCAUAUUGAUGUGUUCGCCAUCUAACGUUUGCACUGUUAAUCCUGCGUUUUGCAUAUCUGAGCUCGGCCUCUGGGCGUCUCUCGCACUUCAGGAGCUUCAAGUCACAAUUUUUACAUCGGCAAUAAUAAUAACGAUCGUGAAAAGUGAAAUUUAAAAUGUUAGAAAAUCACGUUAGCGAAGGAAGCACAUCCACAACACACCAGUAGUAGUCGUGACCUGGUUUUUGUUUGUUCCACAGAGUUUGUUUCCUCUCAGGUUUGUGUAGAAGAAUCCAGAAACCCUGUGGGAUCAUGAAAGGCCUCCUGAAGGAGCUGAGGCCACGGGAUAAAUUAAUAAACUUUAUGUUUUGACUUCUUCCCCUGAGGUCUGCGAACAAAACCAGGUCACAGAGAAACGCACAGUCACUGAAGUCACACGUCGUCAAACACUUUGUACUGAAGCACUUCAAGUGAGUCAGAACAAAGCCUGAGUCUGAAUCUAUAAUCAGUCCAAAGAAAAGUUCCUGGAAUUAUUCUGUUUUAAUGUUUGUCUAGAAAUCUCAUGAAAAGAACCAAACCAAUGAUGUGUCAAUACAUUCAGAUCCUGUGUGUUCUCUCUGUGUCCAGAAGUUUCAGACUCGUCUGAUCAGCCCGUUUGGUCUCGGUUUUAAUGAGAUUUGUUGACAGUAAAAGAAAAAGUAUGAAAAUAACUUGUAGCUUGUUUCUUCUCUUUAAACCGUGAACAGCUUCUUUUCAGCUGAUCUGCGAUGAAGCUUUAAAAUGUUGAACUUCAGGAACAUGAAGCCGAUCUCGCCACGACUUUAGGAUUGUUAAUGCCACGUGUUUCUCUUUUCUUUUUUAUUUAAUUAUUUUGUGGAAUAAAUAAUUAUGUAACCUGAA